CGGGCAUCACGAACUGCUGGCAGAAACUCUGUGAUUGGAUAUACAAACACAGGAUAACGAUUGUCGUUUAUUUCUCAAUGUGUUUGGAUCAGAUUCUAAUGACAUCAAUUGUUCCAAUCAUACCAAAUCAUUUAUUCAACCAAGAAACAAAGGAUAACAUUACGUUCCAACUUGCAAAUGUGUCGACAAAGGAUGAUGUGGGAAAUGAUACUUAUGAGGGAAUCGAAGAAGAAAAUGGUAAAGUUGGAUGGCUUCUGUCAUCCAAAGCAAUUGUGCAAUUUGCUGCUAGUCUUGUAGUUGGGCCUUUAACAAAUAGAGUGGGAUAUUCCAUUCCAUUAUUUACGAGCACUGUGAUUCUCUUCAUUUGUUCCUGCUUGUACUCGUUAGGGGAGCAAUACUGGGUCUUGUUCCUUGGUCGCAGUUUGCACGGUCUUGGUUCAGCAUUUCUUACUAUAGGAGGAUUUGGUAUAAUAGCUGAUACGUAUCAACAAGAUGCAGUGAGAAGUAAAUAUAUGGGUGUCGUACUGGGUGGACUGGCGCUUGGUGUCAUUGUUGGGUAUCCUUUCGGAAGUGUGAUCUAUAACUACUUAGGGAAAACAACAGUUUAUGCAAUACAAGCCAUAGGAUUAGCAUUUCUUGCAAUUGGUCAAUUCGUCUCCCUUGAAAUGACUCUGAACUAUACCAAGAUGCAGCAGAAGACGUCUUUCCUUGUGCUUCUGAAGGAUCCAUACAUUAUGAUAAUAAUAGGAUCUAUAUUCCUCCCAGCAGUAUGCAUUGCUAUGCUGGAAGCAACGUUAACUGUUUGGGUAAUGGAUAAGAUGAGUCCCGAGAAAUGGCUUCUGGGAGUUCUCUUUCUCUCAGAUGGCUGUGGCUACUUUAUCGGAUCUCAUUUUGCUGUGUUGGCCCUCAAAGUGGGGAGAUGGGUCGUAGCGAUAUGUGGGCUAUUGCUAUGUAGUAUCGGGCUUAUAUUUAUCCCCAUGGCUACAACAAUUCCCAUGAUCUUUGCUCCACAUUUUGCAGUCGGUAUGGGUUCAGGUGUCGUGGAUGCAGCUUUGAUGCCGAUGCUUGCACUCCUCUUGGACACCCGAUAUUUCAUGAUGUAUGGGAGUGUUUACACCAUUGCAGAAUUAGCAUUUAAUGCUGGCUACGCGAUAGGGCCAUCUGUCGGUGGGCAACUCGUCAAUCAAAUAGGUUUUAGCUGGUUGUUAAGGGGGCUAGCCAUAUUUAUCCUACUUUAUUUACCAUUGAUUUACUUUCUGCGUGACCCCCCUGGGAAAGAACCAGAGAGUACGUUUCUCACCGAUAAAGAAGAAGGGGGUAAAUACAACGCAAAUGAAGAAGUAUCUCCAAACCCAUUCAACUAUGGAAAGCUGUUAGAAGACGACUGAGAUUAUGUAACUGGUUAACACAAACGCCCUAUAGAUGGUGCCACAAUGUCACGUAUCAUAGCAGACAAAGUGUAUGGUGUUUUCGAUUCGAGCUGAUAUUAUUUUAGACAGGGACGUGCAUCAUUAAAAGUAUUCGGGGUGAAAAUAAAACAAGGCAUUAAAGUGCAAAAUGUCACCACCUGUCAUUUGUUACAGACGCUGAACGCCAUUUGUUACAGACGUCGAUCACAAGUGCCGUUGGAGACUAUAACAACAUAUCAAAUGAAGCCGUAUAGAUUAUACAAAAGCAAUGUGGGAUAAUUCAACUCGUUACAUGUACAAAACAGUCAAAUAUGGGUAUAAUAUGAAAAUAGUGAAUGGGACAAUUCAGUCGAUUAAUAUGCAAAAUAUCAAAUAUGCCCCCUCAUAUUUCCCCAGAGCAUGAUAUAAAAGGCCAUAAACUCUAUUAUCGAUAUAAAUAAAUGGGUAAAAAAGAUUUUAAAAGUAUUUAAAAUGUAUUAAUUAACCGGGGCGUGCCACAAGGAUCAAUCUUUGGACCGCUUUUUUCCUACCUUACCCUAUACGAAAUUAGUGAUAGGCCUAAAUUUAGUCGAAUCGAGUAAGGAAAAAAAGAUCCAAUUAAAAUAAAGCAUGGCAGACCAACAGUUGGUUUAUUUCUUCCUAUUAUAUACUUUUUUGACCAC